CUCCGGUGUGUUUCUGUGAGCGCUGGAACCCUCGGGGGUGGAUCCUGAGUGCUGCUGCCGCUGUCUGUCGCACAACUACGGCACACUACAGCCUCGACUUUCCGCCGUGUCUGUGGCUCACCGGAGCUCCUUCCAACACCGCGACUCAUCCAGAAACAACCCCCCCAAAUGCGAUCACUUACCACGGACACCAAGGUGGGCGCCUCUUGCAGGACUAUGCGUGCAAGAUGAGGAGUCUUUUGACGCUUGGUCAAAAUGUGGAGGUGGAUUCCUGGACAAGUGGGCCUUCUACACACAGUUCCUCCCUGAGUCUGUUCACCAUUGAGAAAAACAGGUGUGUGGGCGUUGGGCGGUUGCCAGAUUGACUGAAGUUACUGAAACCUGUUGAGGGGAUUCAUCGCAGUGACUGAGAGGGAGCUCUGAGCAGGGGCACCGCAGCGGCAGGGUGGAGCUUCCUGACUCAUGGAGAAUUACUUCCAGGCCGAAGCCUUCAACCUGGACAAGGUGCUGGACGAGUUUGAGCAAAAUGAAGAUGAAACAGACACUCCGAUCCUCUCCGACGCCAAGUGGACUCAGAUCCUGGCUCCGCCCCCUCACCUGCUCUCUCUAAACCCCGCCCUGGCCCACGCGGACCUGAGCCCGGGGGACAGUCCUCUUCCCUUUAAGACCCUCCCCCCGGACUUCACCCCCUCCACCACCACCACCACCCCGCCGUCCAGCCUCUCCCCGGGCGCCGAUCCCAAACGCCACCCCAGCUCCGAGCAUCCGUCCUGGAGUGAGGAGAGACCCGCGGACGUCCACAGCCCUCCGCUUCCGCAGCCCAAUAUCGGCAAACUGGUGGGGGCUGAUGAUUUGUCACCUCCUCCAGUGAAUUCUUGCGAAAAUGGGGGCUCACAAGAUUGCGUUUCGUUACGGGACGGGCAACCUGCUGCUCCGGAACAACUGUCCUCAAGUCAAGAGGAGAGAAAUGAUUCAACACGUUUUAGUUUUGAAGUAGGAGCACAAAAUGGCGACGUUGAGGACACUACAGAACAAGUUGAAUCCAAACAAGAUAUUUUGAAUGGAGAAGGUUGCAGUGAAUCGGAUAGCGUUGACGCAGAAAAGGAGAUUAAAGCGAGUUCAGAUGAGGAAGCAAAGGAAGAAUCACACGUCACGAAUGUUUGCAAUGGUCCGGUUGAAGACGCUUCGUCCCAAAGUCAAGGAACGGAGGAGGAAGAAGCAGCUGCGUCCAUUUGCGUAUCAUCCAAAGAAGAUUCGGUGACGGAAGAGAAGGAGAUGGAGGAGAGCAAACAAGAAAUCCAAGAUGGGGGCGCGACGUCUGGCAGCGCCCAAACGAAACUGAACAACGGGCGACUGCAGCCGGUCAGCAUUCCGUACGGAGGAGCACGUCCCAAGCAACCGGUCAACCUCAAACUGCAAAUCCCUCAACCUUUAUCGAAUCAUGUCCAAAAUCAACUCGGGCCGUCAGCGGUGAACAGUAAAAACAAAAAUCUAGAAAGUCAAAAUCGAAAAAGCGCAGAGUUGACGGAGGAUACGAGUACGCUAAACGGGGAUGCGAUUUCUAACUCCACACCGCAGCCCGAGAGUCCUGAUAAUGAUGUCCAGGCCGGUCAGCAGGGGGCGCUGUGCAGGAAGAUCUCACUGGGAGAGGUGGCCCCGGUCUGGGUGCCCGAUUCGCAGGCUCCCGUGUGUAUGAAGUGUGACGUCAAGUUCACCUUCACCAAGAGGAGGCACCACUGCAGAGCCUGUGGCAAGGUUUUCUGUGCGUCCUGCUGCAGUUUGAAGUGCAGACUCUUGUACAUGGACAGAAAAGAGGCUCGUGUCUGUGUGACGUGUCAUUCAACUCUGACGAGUGCUCCGUCGUCGUGGGAGACUCAGGUGUGUCCCAGUAACCAGAGUCCAAACCCCAAUAACCCGUCUGAGUACUGCUCCACAGUGCCCCCCCUGCAGCAGGCCCAGGCUUCAGGAGCGCUCAGCUCACCCCCUCCCACUGUCAUGGUCCCUGUGGGGGUGCUCCAGCAGAACGCCAAUGAAGUGUCCCUGUCCCGUGAGCAGAGGAGAGUGUGGUUUGCAGAUGGAGCCCUGACAAACGGAGAGGCUUCAGAAUCUCCCAAACCCCUGUCAUCGCACCAGCCGCCCUCACAGUCCAGAGCCAUUUCAAACAAGACCCACUCCACUGCAGCCAGCUCCGAGGCGUUGCAGUCUGGAGCGCCCCCUGUGGGCAGUCCUGUGGGCAGUGCGGUCAGUCUGAUCCCAGAGGACGGACUUCCUCCCAUCCUCAUCUCCACUGGAGUCAAAGGAGGUACGGGAGGCCCCCUCACCUCAGUUGGUGUCCUGUCCAUAUCUAACGUCCCUCUGCUCCAUGGCGCCCCCUCUGUCCUCUCCUCAGAUUACGCAGUAGAGGAGCGUCCAUCUGAAGUGGUCCUAAUGCAGCAGCUGGAGGAGGGCGGACCUGACCCUCUGGUGUUUGUGCUCAAUGCAAACCUGCUCGCCAUGGUCAAACUGGUCAACUAUGUGAACCGUAAGUGCUGGUACCUGAGCACUAAGGGCAUGCACGCUGUGGGACAGACCGAGGUGGUGAUCCUGCUCCAGUGUCUCCCCGAUGAGAAGACCCUCCCCAAAGACGUCUUCAGACACUUCGUCCAGCUCUACCAGGAGGCCCUCACCGGUAGCGUGCUGAGCCACCUGAGUCAUUCGUUCUUCACUCAGAGUUUUCUGGGCAGCAAAGAACACGGCGGUUUCCUGUACAUCAGCCCGUCGUUCCAGUCGCUCCAGGACCUGCUGCUGCCCAACCCGCCCUUCCUCUUCGGAGUCCUCAUCCAGAAGUGGGAGACGCCCUGGGCCAAAGUCUUCCCCAUACGCCUCAUGCUGCGGCUGGGAGCAGAGUACAGAUUCUACCCGUGUCCGCUGUUCAGUGUUCGCUUCAGGAAACCUCUUUUUGGAGAAACCGGACACACCAUCAUGAAUCUACUCGCGGAUUUCCGUAAUUACCAGUACAGUCUGCCGGCAGUCAAAGGAUUGGUCGUAGACAUGGAAGUGCGGAAAACUAGCAUCAAGAUUCCCAGUAAUCGCUACAAUGAGCUGAUGAAGGCCAUGAACAAGUCGAACGAGCACGUGUUGGCGAUGGGGGCGUGUUUUAACGAGCGCGCCGACUCUCACCUGGUCUGUGUGCAGAACGACGACGGAAACUACCAAACACAGGCCAUCAGCAUCCACCACCAGCCCCGCAAAGUGACUGGAGCCUGUUUCUUUGUGUUCAGUGGAGCUCUGAAAGCCUCAUCGGGAUACUUGGCUAAAACCAGCAUCGUAGAAGAUGGAGUGAUGAUCCAGAUCACCGCGGAGACGAUGGAGGCUCUACGGCAAGCGCUGAGGGACAUGAAGGACUUCAGUAUCACCUGUGGAAAAGCGGAUCAGGAGGAGAGCCAGGACACUGUUCACAUCCAGUGGACCGAAGACGACCACAAUUUCAACAAAGGUGUGAUCAGUCCCAUCGACGGGAAGUCCAUGGAGUCCAUAACCAGCAUCAAGAUCUUUCACGGCUCCGAGUUCAAGGCCAAUGGGAAAGUCAUCCGCUGGACCGAGGUGUUCUUCCUCCAGAGUGAGGAGCAGUCUGGAGGUCUGUCUGACCCGGCCGAUCACAGUCGUCUGACAGAGAGCAUGGCCAAGGCGUUCUGCAUCGCUCUGUGCCCACACCUCAAACUGCUCAAAGAGGACGGUAUGGCUAAGCUGGGCCUGAGGGUCACUCUGGACUCAGACCAGGUUGGAUAUUUGGCCGGCAGUAACGGGCAGCCCCUCCCCCCUCAGUACCUCAGCGACUUGGACUCCGCCCUCAUUCCCAUAAUUCACAGCGGCGCGUGUCAGCUGAGCGAGGGGCCCGUCGUCAUGGAGCUCAUCUUCUACAUCCUGGAAAUCAUCUCCUAGAAACAAGACUCCUGAGGCUUCAUGGAAAACACACAUUUUUAAGGCAUUUCACUCAAGGUCAUUCAAAUUCGAGGCCUUUUGAUCGAGCAGACGUGGUUUUAGGAUGAACAUUACCAUGGAAACUGUGGUGUAAACAUGUUCAACCAUUUUUGUAUUGUACAGGAGCCGGGAGGGUUCAUAACAAAUGGAAACGCCGCAAUAAAGAAGUCACAACACGCCAAAAAAAGCCACAACAGAAGUGACAGCGGGAAUCUAGUUUAAUGCAAACGCCACAACAAAAAUGCAAACACAACAACACAACAAAAAGCCACAACAAACCAAAAAAAGCCACAAUGGAAGUGACCGCGGAACUCUUUUUUUUUCGACGGACCAAGCGACAGUCAGACAGUGUCAUCGAUCCUGGCCACAAAACAAUAAAUUACUUUUACUUACAUUUCCAACUUCGUUCACCUCUCUGUUGCUUUACUUUUCACAUUCUUGUUCUUCUUCAGCUUUUUCCAUUCACUUCCCACGUGGUCCGUCGGAAAAUAGAGUCCUACAGUCACUUCCGUUGUGGCUUCUUGGUUUGUUGUGGCUUUUUGUUGUGUUGUGGCAUUUUUAUUUGUUGCUGCGUUUGCAUUAAAAGAGUCCUGUGGUCAUUUCCAUUGUGACUUUUUUGGUGUUUCAUGGCAAUUUUUGGUUUGUUGUGGCUUUUUGUUGUGUUGUUGCGGCGUUUGCGUUUGUUAUGAUCCCUCCCGGCUUCUGUAAUAUUGUGUAUUGCAAAAAACAAAACAAAAACAACAACUUGAAAACAUGCAUUCUUACUGUAUGCGGCCUUGCCUCACCACAGAUCUGACCUGUAAUGUUAACCCGGUGGUGGGUAUUGCUUGCUUUUCUCAAUGUAAACGAAAUAACACUAUAUAUUUUUCCAAUUUAACAUUUUAAACAACUAAAUGGCCCGAUCGAAAUGCCUAGAAUUUUCCAAGUCCUGCGCCGUCAUCAAAAGCUCUCACCUCAUCGGUCGAUUUCGUUGAAGCCCGGAUGCAGCACUUCCUGGUUCCAGGCGGGUAGCAGUCCUCUUCACAUCUAUGCAUCCGCCGCAGCUCUGUUUUUUUAUUAUAGCACCGAGUUCCAGGCCCUCACUGUGGACACCAAGGGCCUCAGCAAUGCAUUUUGGGUAGCAGCAACCACAUACACACAAUACAGAUAUUUCUCUAGCUCAACAAAAAUAUCAACACUACAUUUUGGUUGCAAUUUUGGAUUAAAUCGAGGGAAAUUUUAUCUCUUCUGAGUGUGUGCUGUUGUGUCUAUGAGCAAGACACUUCACACACAUUGCCUACAUCGAUUGUGUGGCUUUGACAGGGUGAAGGGCAUCUGACGCAAAAAAAACAAACAAACAAAAAAAACCUGUAAAUUCUCCUAAAAUCAAGUUAUCCAAUCAGAAAGCAGAAAGAGGUUCUCACUUUGGGUUGCCAGAUCCUCCGACUAAAACCAGCUCUGCGAUUUUAAACUCUGGGGUUCUUGGUAUUGCACAAAAUGUAUAUCUUCAUAUUUUUGAUAACAAUAUUCAGAAGAUAAUUAUAGAAACUCAUGUGAGGCUCAUUCUGUUUUCUGAUGGAUAAUCAUCUUGUGAACCAAAACACCAAAUUUCAGCGUGGCCAGAAUUUCUAAAUAAACUAGGACAUCCCAAUUUUUGGUGGUUGGUAAUAAUAGAGUUCCCACGUCCCACGUCAUGGAAAUCCUGAAAAAGUCAUGGAAUUUUAGUAUCUCUUUCACACAACCACAGCGUUCUGUUAAAUUAUCAUUAGGCUGUUAUGAUUAUUUCUGAACAUAUGCGCCUUUUGUUUAAAGAGACGACAAUAAAUGCACUGACAUUAUUUUGAAAUGUUAAAAAACUAUAAUCCCAAACCAUAAGGCGAGUGGAAAGAGUUAACAUUUCAUAUUUAGCCCUAAAAGUCUGAUCAAUUUUACACAUGUAGAAAUGUCAUGAAGUCAUGGAAAAUUCACUUGAGGUCAUGAAAAAGUCAUGGAAAUGUUUAGAAAUUUUAUCAAUGAAAAAAAAGUGGGAAUAAAAUAAACAAACAAGUGCGGAAUGAAAAAAAUUUUUAUGCCGAGACCAUUCAUGACUAACGUGAGACAGUAUAGUCACAUUUUCUUUGUGUUUUGGUCAUUUUUACGCAGAUUUAAAAAUAUUUUACCUAAACAAAUGACAAUUUAUGCUUCCGUUUACUGUCGGCAGGUGUCAGAUUUGUCAAAAAUAGGGACAUCAGGGACAUUUCUUGUAUAAAACUGGGACAAAUGACUGGGAAAGGGGACACGGGGCUCAAAACUGGGACUGUCCCGUUAACCGUCAUGAGCUUCAUUUGACCAGAGCUGAACGCUGUGGGUGAUGUCGCGCUCACUCAGUGCACUUCUUUAUACAGUCUGUGUUAUUUUAAUUAAAAAUAAAUCAGUGUUAUAGUUCGCUCACUGUGUCUCGCAGCGAACAGUCACUUUUAGUCAAACUGUAAAACAUAAAAGAAAAAACCCAUUCAAAUUCAGAUUCAUUUCAGGAGUACAGAAUUAUUUUUAAUGUGUAAAAUACUUGAGCUUGAGGUGGUGUUUUUAUUAGUAUUUUUUAUUCCUCAAACUUAGCGAUAGCGUUAGCAUUAGCGUUAGCAUUGAGACACAAACAUGCCUCUUUCUAAACACAAAACUGUCCUCUGCUCAAAUAUUCGUUUUAUUUAUGUAAUUUUUAACAUGUUGUCAGUGACAUCCACCCACAACUCACAGUCCAGUGUCUUAUUUUUAAAUAUUUAUUCAUUUUAACCAAAAAAAACCCCCCAAAAAACAAAAACGUAGAUUCACAAUUGUACAGGAAGUAGUGACGCUAACAUUAAGGUUACCGGGCACUGUUGUGCAUAGAGCCGAUUUUGACCAGUAAAAGAUGUAUUUAAUUUGAGUUUACCUUGAACCUGCGGACACAGUUAGGCCAAAACUAUGAAAUUUUGUAUUAAAAUUGUACAUAAUGUUCCUCUAAUGUGAAAUAACCCACAAAAGGUCAGAAAUAUCACUUAAAACCCUUGAGAAAUGUCACAAUGUCCAUAGUUUGAUAUUUUCCCAGGUCUGUUUUUAAACCAGUAGAAGCACAAGUUACAAUUAUUACCUUUUUUUUUUUUUUGUCUCUGGUGCUACCCAUGACCUAAAAACUUAAAAAAUAUUGACAUUUGGGGAAAAUUGCAGCCAAAAUGAAUGUUGAAAUUUCGUUUUGUUCAGCAUUUAAACACUACAGAUCACACUGUUGCGGUGCUACGAUCGCUCGUGUAUUUGAGGUAAAUGGACUUCAGUUUUCCAGCUUUAUUCUCCAUCAGCACUGGCUUUACCUGGACUCUCAAAGACUGUACAUAGUUUUAUACUCAUUAUAACCAAUACAUGUAGCCUCCAGUGGGAAAAAACUAUGUAAAAGACAGUAUUAAGAGCAAAAGGGACUCAAGUAAUGUACAAAUAUUUCAUGUCGAAUUGUGAAUUGAAAUCGCUCGGUGGUUCCAAUGCUUUAUGAUGUAAUUCAAAUUGUACAGACGCAGCAGCUGAACCUGUCACGUCAAUGUGUUUCUAUUGAAGAUUUCUGUCCAUGUAAAGUUAAAAAAAAAAAAAAAAAAAAAAAAGUACAGCUAUAAAUAUAUAAAUCUAUAUUAGAGAUGUUUUAAAUGCACUGGAUUAAAGCCAUUUCAAGCCUGGACAGCCAUACUGAAGUUGAAUAGGUUAAUAUCUUGAAAUUGGACCAAUCAGAAUGCGUUUAACCAAAAAGGGGCGGGACUAUUCAUUCAAGCUUCUCUCUGAUUGGCUGAAUAUCUGUGUUUAGAGAUACAAAUUCAAAUAUUAUGCUUUUUACUGUCUAAAUCUACCUACCUUUUGCAUUCUGAGCAUCCUAAUUACUCACAGUGAUGAGUUUAUAAGCGUUUUCCGCAACUUCCAGAGACCAGAGCGGUAAUUCUGACAACUAACAACAACACUAGCAUGCUAAAGCACACUUCCUGAUUCUUGGAUAAUAAAACGGGUUAUAAUUAGAUCCAGACAGUCCAAAAGAGCUGCUUAUUUGCAUGCAGUUUUGAGUAAAAUAUAUGGAAAAAACAAGUUAGAGAGUCUUUAAAUAUUAGUUUAGAAAUAUCAGAAAACCUGACUUCAAGUAUGGGUGCCCAGGCUGGACAUUUUCCGAAGGUUAAAUUUUGCGAGUUGGGCCUAUAGAGGAAUCCCUUCGUUUUGGACUCUUAUAGAAGUUGAAUGUAAAACCAUAAUCUUCUGUCGUUUUCACCCAGUCAUGAAAACUAGACUCUAUGUAACUGAAUGGACCUUUUGAACAAGUAAUAGUAUUGAUUUUUUUUUUUUAUUUAGAAAUGUGUUUUUUGUUUUUAAGUUACCAAAUCCGCUGUUAAAAUAAGAUGUACGGCUCAUAAAUCACCUGUAUAGGGGACAGACAAUCAUGGACACAACUAAUUUCUGCACACAAGCUGGACGUUAAAGAGGGGGUAUUCUGCUAAAUCAACUUUUUAGAGCUUUCUACUCAUCAAAAACAUUCCUGACAUGGUUGAAGAGUAAUUUAGCAAUCACUCUCGGGUCCUACUCAAACCCUCCUUACGGUUAGCUGUAAGAUUUUGCACAAUUCUCAGCCCACACUUCUCCAUAAAUACACAAAAACAUGAUGCAAAACUGUACACUACAACUUCACAAACCUAAUACGAUGUGCUGUAGUUUCUUUAGUGCUCUGAAGGGGGAGUGAUUAGCACGAGGAGCAAAGCGAGGUGAGGCUCAAAGUGUCAAAAACAAUAGUGACACUUAUAAAACUUCAUUGUUAAUACUUUGUUUUUGGAGCGAAAAGGGCAUUUUGAAAACAAUAAAAGGUAACACGGUGAUCUAAAUAUGUUUUGUGUUAGUAGUUAAUACCCCAUAGAAGUAAAAUACCCCCUCUUUAAAGAAACAGUACGUAACUUUUCUAGUGGGGGACUGCCGAUUUGUGUCUACUCUGCAAAAAGUUUUAUCUAGGUAAGUUAAAAUGUCUUGAAUUAACAAUAAUAAAUAUUUUGAUUUCAGUAAAUUUUACUUGACAAUGCAACAAGUUUAAGCAACAUACAAUUAGUGCAAAGUUGUUGUUUUUUUCUUAUUUAAAGUACAAAAAUUUUACAAAAACUUUAACUUGUCCAGUCAAAUCUACUCAAACCAAAAUAAUGUAUUCUUAAUUUAUGCAUUAAAACAAUUUAAACUUGCCUAGAUAUGUUUUGCAGUGAAUGCUUGAAGAUAAUCUAAAUGUUUUUGUUUCUGUGCAAGAAAUGUGAUCAAAUUGAAAUUGUGACAAGAAAAUGUUUGUAUUUUUAUAUUUUUGGCCAGAUUGCCAUCUCAAACAUAACCUGUUUUGAUGAAAAAAAACCAAAAAACAGUCUAGACACAGAGAGAACAUGCAUACUGCACACAGAAAGUCCCCAAACAUGUGUUAUUUCUUAUUUUAUGUAUUUUUAUUCAGUUUAGUUUCAUUUAGCGCCACUUUUAAAAAAAACUUUAACAUUUCUUUGGUUCAUUCAGACCACUUCUUACUGCUUACUAAUGGUCUUUAUCAUUUUCAAGAUUCAUAUUUAGUAUUUUAUUUUGGUUAAAUUGGCAUCAUCAGUUUAUUGUUAGAACUUGUUUAAACUCUUUCCCAUUUCCAGUUUGUGCAAUUUGUCCAAAAAGGUGCAAUUUAAAAAGUCUCAUUUAGUUGUGUUCGACGAUAUGGACUUCACUAGAACAUGCAUGCAACAGAAGCAGCCUGGGAAUUGAUCAUUACACUACUCUGAGUUUGUGGAAAUGAAUUGUUUUGUGGUUUGAUUUAUUUUUUUUAAUGAACAUUGGUUGAAAUGUUUGAAAAGCCAAAAAUGUGCUUAUUUUUCGUUACAAAGUGGACUUCAUCCGCCUCUGUAGAAUAUGUACAAUAAAUACUUGUAGAAAAUGA